AUGAUCUCCUUAUCGGCCGAAUCUCAGCCCGCUGUUGUUGGCUCGGCGGACACGGUGUCCGCCGCCUCAAACAAGCCGAUCGCCAGCGCGUUUAUCAUCGCUGUAAUACUGAACUUCGUCGCGGGUGGCUCGCUGGCGGACUCCGACGUCGACGGCGGCUCCACCAGCUUGUCCAUGACGUCUCAUUGGACGCCAGCCCCCAACAUCGUCACGAUCCUCUCCUACGCCGUCAUCAUCUUGAACUUGCUGGUGGGGGACGGCUACACGCGCGUGGCGAAGCGCACCAGUGCCCGCCGCCUCGAACAAGCCGAUCGCCAGCGCGCGCUGGCCGUCGGUGUGAUGCUGAACUGCGUCGCGGGUGGCUCACAGACGGCCUUCGUCGUCGCCGACGUCUCCGUUGCCUUGGUCAUGACGCCUCUGUGGAUGCUGCGCCCACCUGCGCCGCUGCCGCCGCUCUUCCGUCGUUGGUACUAG